GGAGCCCGUCCCCGCCGAGUGCCUCGGCAGCGCCAGCGCGAGCGAGCGGGCGGCUCUGCAGCGAUGGGAGGAGGAAGGUCUGCGGCAGAUCUCCCAGAACAAGGUGGCGGUGCUCCUCCUGGCUGGGGGGCAAGGGACACGCCUAGGCGUGCCGUACCCCAAGGGGAUGUAUGACGUGGGGCUGCCAAGCCGCAAGACCCUAUACCAGAUUCAGGCGGAGAGGAUCCGCAGAGUGGAGCAGCUGGCUGGCGAGAAGUUUGGCACUCGAUGCUCCAUCCCGUGGUACAUCAUGACGAGCGAGUUCACCUUGGGGCCGACCGAGAGGUUCUUCCAGGAGCACGGCUACUUCCACCUGGAGAGGUCCAACGUGGUCCUGUUUGAGCAGCGGAUGCUUCCGGCUGUUGCAUUCGACGGGAAGGUGAUCCUGGAGGAGCCGGGGAAGCUUGCCAUGGCCCCAGAUGGCAAUGGCGGCCUGUACCGUGCGCUGGCGGACAACGGGCUCCUGGAGGACAUGGAGCGGCGCGGUGUCCAGUACGUGCACGUCUACUGCGUGGACAACAUCCUUGUCAAGAUGGCGGAUCCCGUCUUCAUCGGCUUCUGCGUCUCGAAGGGGGCGGACUGUGGAGCCAAGGUGGUGGAGAAGGCCGACCCCGCGGAGCCCGUCGGGGUGGUGUGCCGGGUGGACGGCGUGUGCCAGGUGGUGGAGUACAGCGAGAUCUCCUCGGAAACGGCACAGGCGCGGAACCCGGACGGCCGCCUGACUUUCCGCGCGGGCAACAUCUGCAACCAUUUCUUCACCCGCGGCUUUCUUCAGGCUGUUGCGGAGCGGUUCGAGCCCCAGCUGACGUACCACGUGGCCGUCAAGAAGGUGCCGUUUGUGGACGAGGAGGGCAAUCGGGUAAAGCCGCUCAAACCCAACGGGAUAAAGCUGGAGAAGUUUGUGUUUGAUGUGUUCCAGUUCUCUAAGAACUUUGUUGCCUUUGAAGUCCAGAGGGAAGAGGAAUUUUCCCCGCUGAAGAAUGCUGACAUGGCUGACAAAGACACCCCCACCACAGCCCGGCGGGCGCUCCUGUCCCAACACUACCGCUGGGCACUGAAGGCCGGGGCCAGAUUUGUCAACGACCGUGGCCAAAGGACCCCCGAGAAGCAGAGUUUAUUGGGGGAUGAAGAUCCACCCGCCGUGUGUGAGAUUUCCCCUCUAGUAUCCUACUUUGGGGAGGGUCUGGAGAAGUACCUGAAGGCCAAAGAGCUCCCAUCGCCGUUUCUUCUCGAUGAAGGCAAAGCUGAAAUGCUAGCCCGAGCUUGAAUGAAAGAUAGUGCAUUUCUUAUUUCUGAAGACCGCUUUUUUCUCCUGAAAAAAUAAUCAAGGCAAGUGUUUUAAUGAGAGAAGCUGAUUCUGUUUACAAUAAUAUCAAGCCAAAGUCAAGUUCUCCCACCCCGCUCCUUCUGUUCUUUGGUGGCGUGGCAAAGCUACAGGACACCUGCGCUGUGCCAGAGUGUUCUUUCCCGCUGGAAGGCAGUACAGGUGGAAACAGCAAUGCAGGAGUGGACCUGGCCUCCUGUGCCAUGCCGAAGAGGACGCAGGGGCUGUGCCGGAUCAGGUGCCGGCUGGAUCUAGCCCAGCAUCCUGUUCCCACGUGGGCCAACCAGCUGCUCCCCUGAGAAUCCCCCAUGUAAACCAGGAGGGCAGCCAUGCCCCUCUGAGCUGCCCCUGCAGCUGCUGCUGACCUUGCGGGUAGUGGAGACCACCUACCCUCGAGCCAGCAAAAGGCCACGUGACACGGAGGCUGGAGGCAGCUCCCUGUGGCGCCUGGCCUUCAAAACCGGCAGCCCGUCUGGCCAGAGCGGGAGGGGGCCAGGACCGCUGCACUGUGCGCUGCAUGCCCGAGUUCUCUCAUGCAGGCUGUCCUUUCUAGAGGGGAGCUGGAUUUCAGCUCCCAGCAGCCCCAGCCAGGACACCUGAUGUGUAGUCCAGCGACAUGUGGAGGGCCCACGGUUCCCCCCUUCUGCCCUGGAGGGAGGCCCCAGCCCUCGGGCGCCAGGAUCACCCCCCUGCAUCCCGAAUGAACAUGAUGGCGAGUCUCGGACUGGGAAGGGUCCCCCUCCACGUGCACAGGUCAGUCUCAGCUCUGACUCCCUGGAAGACCAUGCUCUGUGGCCACGGGAGAAAGCACGGACUUCGAGGAUUGGCACAGGAGGACUGGGUGACAGAUUGGUCUAACUGGUUCAUUUUGGUCAUGCUUGCUGGAGAAAAGGCAUUUUCUGGUAUUUGGGUCCUUGAAAAAUCGGGCCAUCCCACUGCAAGCUGCUGUUUUUAUUGUAUUUGCCUGGAGCCAAGAUUUUAACUUCCCAUCAACUGUUGGGUGUGCAGUUUCUCUCUCUCUCCUCUCCCGUAAGUGCCUUUUCAAGACUGAUGCGGCCGCAUCUGCCCUGGACUGAUGUAGGGAAAUGGUCUUGUAUGUUUGUAGACUUUACAUAUUAAACAUGCUUCUAGAAAAGA